AUGACAUGGACACUGAAAGUCAGCGCGUUUAGAAUAACUAGAAAUCGUGGAAUAUAUGCUGAUAAGAGCUGCAUAGAUAGACCCUUGUGUGGCCUGCAACAACAGAUACCCCUUACUCGUGACGGCCAGCUGCUGCCUGAACAGCCCCACUGCUUUGCCGGCAUCGGUCGUGAUCAGCUGACCGAGGCUUAUAGUCUAUAUCUUUGUCCUUCUUCCUUACCGCUAUUUCCUUUGACCGGAGAACUUUUUCUUAUUUUUGGAGACGUUUGUUUCUUCCAUCGCACACCACCAGAAAACUGUCUAUUGUUUAUUCCUCGCAUUACACUUCCCCCUCAAAGCUCGACAGCGGCUAUGAUACUUCGUUCAUAUAUCACUUGGUUUGAAGACAAUGACUACAUAGGUCUAGAAGUUGCGUUCCCGGGCGGGUCUACCUGGAAAAUAGAGAGAAAGAUCAGGGAAGCCGAAGUCCUGCACACUCAAGAUGACUAUGAGGAGUUGGAUUCAAAGUUGCUGGAAACGGUCCACCCACAGCCCUUAUCAAGAUUCAUAUGCAAAUGCAUAAUUCCGUUAUACAAGACUGCUACCCAGGGACCCUCGGAACGCGCCAAGCAGGCAGACCCUGAAAUUCCCCGCCUAGCUAGUAACGAGAUAGAAGCACUCACUAUCCUGACUCAAGCAAAAUGCUCAAGCUCUCCAUAUUUGAUUGACUCAAUAAUCGACAGCAGACAGAUAGAUGGGUGCCUGGGGGCUAUAUUCAUUAUAUCGUGAUGGAGAUGCUCCCGGGUGUAACCGUGUGUGACCAUUAUCGUCUUAUGGAGCGCAAGGAGCGCGAUGAGCUGCGAGAAGCAUUAAAAAAGGCCUGGAUUGAAUGCGUGUCCUACGGAGUGGAACACGGGGACUCUGGCUCACAGAAUCUUAUCUGGGAUAGAGAAAGGCAGAAGUGUUAUUUGAUCGAUUUCGAGAUGUUUCAUCCCCCGACUCGCAAAUCAAGAAUUUGGCGAGAUAUGCGAUAUUUAGGAUGGCACCUUGCACGAGUUGGAGAUG